GUGAUCGCUCAACAUUUUGAUGUUAAAAUAACAAAGGAAUUAGUACUAUUCAUUAUUGUACGAGGUAAAUAAAACAGAACGAUCAAGAAAUGGACGGUAAACACAACGAGGAAGCAAUGUGUGUAAAUAAUGACGAUAGCGACGAUGACAACAGCAGCAGCAGUGAUGAAACCGAGGAAGAGAUGGAAGACCAUUCAAAUAAUAAAGAAAGAGAAAUAAUUGCACCACUUUUUGAAAAUGAUAUGGCAUGUUUCCACGAAGUCUUCGAUUGGCUAUCACUCGAGCAAAUACAAAUAGUCGCAAGCACAUGCAAGCGUUUGGAAGUCAUCGCCGGCACCUAUUAUCGAACUUAUCUGCAGGGAAAAUUAUUUAGUUUAUAUGACACCCCCAUAGAUCCAUUCACUAUUCAGAAUCAAAAAUGUCUUCAUAGAUAUCGUCAGUCUCAAAACAUGGUCAGAAUGAAUUUCUUUAAUGCCAACCCACCUCCACCGUAUCCAAAUCGAGCUCAUUCGGCGACGGACCAUUGCGACAUCUGUUUAAAAAGCCAUAUGAAUCAUUUAAAUGAAUUCAUUCAGAAGUUCCGAAUCGACUGUGGCAAUUUUUCCUAUCUACAACCGUUUUUAUCAACCUGCACAUCGCUCAAACAUAUUGAACUACAUUUUGAUAAAUGGAAAACCAAAGAGAUAAGCGAAGAAUUCGAACGAAUUUUGAAAAAGGUUGAAGUUGUAAUAAUGAAGUGCGGUUUUCCCGGUAAUUUAUAUUGGUUCUUGCAAUAUUGCAAAAACUUAAAGCGUCUAUCUGUACAAAACACACAAAAUGAGCGACAAACACUUGGUUAUUACGCUAGUAACAACAGUUGGUUAUGCAAACGUUAUCCAAAACUUGAGCACAUUGAAUUAAAUCCGAAAUAUUCCGGUGAAUUCUUCUGCUCAGAAAUAGAAACGUUUAUCAAAUUAAAUUCGCACAUCAAAAGCUUGGCCGUCGACAUGCAGUUCUUGGAAUGUGACGACCUCCUUUUACAAAGUGAUAUCAAACUGGAUGAUUUGGCACUAUCGUUUGAACUGUUUGAUAUGAGUUACCACGAUGAUGAAGAAGAAACAGCAGAAAGAGACGAAGAUACAUUUGAUCUACUUCAUAAGCUUUACGAACAAGGAUUUUAUAAACGAUUACAUCUUUAUGAAUGUGAAGAAUUUUCGACAAGAAGAAUUGAACGCUUGAGCAAAUUACCUGGACUGGAAACGUUUCAUUGGACUUCCUGGCGCAUCGAGAGCUUUGACGUUCUGAAAGAUUUCACAAAUUUGAAAGAAUUGCAAUUGAGUCGUAGUUUAACGAUUGUUGAGACCGAAUUUAUGGCAAAAAAUUUACAAAAUCUUGAGCGAAUUUAUUUCUGGUCUACCAUGAAAGAUUUUAAUUUGAUUGUUCCAUUUAUUCAACAUUCAGUGAAAUUAAACAAAAUCGUCAUCACUCGUUUUGACAAAAAACAUUCGGCUUAUGCAGUUCUAAACUUGUUGAAAUUGAACGAGGAACGUGAAAAAUUGCUGGGCGGUCGACAAAUUAUAAUUUUUGUUGAAGAAGCGGUGUUUUUGCAUUUUAAAUGGAAGAAUUGGACAAUUGAAACAAAGAUGAUUGAACUUCGGCGAGCGGAAUCACAUCAAUGGAAUCGUCGUUUCUCCACGAAAAGUUUUAGUCAGUAUUCAUAUCCAUAGACGGACGUUUACCGAUCUGGAAUUCGAAAUUUUAAUUUAAAAAAAUAAAAAAUGUCAACAUUUUAAGUGAAGAAGGAAUGUUUUUCCUCUCCAUUUUUGAAAUCAUUCCUCUUUAAAUCAUUCAUACUGUACUAAUUAAGAAUUUUAGUCAUUUUUUGUAUCGAAAAUCCAUUGCAUCGCAAAAUAAAGGUCGCAUUCGCUUUUUCAUACCAAAAA